AGCUGAGGCGGAGAAGAGGAGCUAGGAGAGUCUUGGGACUGGAAUGAAACCAGCAACCAGGAUGGUACACUGGUCACAGAGCAAGGAUGGAGGAUGCAGCGACACCGGCCAUGGACCAGCCAGCUGGCCUGCAGGUGGACUACGUCUUCCGGGGUGUGGAGCACGCCGUGCGGGUGGCGGUGUCUGGGCAGGUGCUGGAGCUGGAGGUGGAGGACCGGAUGACGGCUGACCAGUGGCGGGGCGAGUUCGAUGCCAGCUUCAUCGAAGAUCUGACUCACAAGACUGGGAACUUCAAACAGUUCAACAUCUUCUGCAACAUGCUGGAGUCGGCUCUCACACAGAGCAGUGAGUCGGUCACCCUUGACCUGCUGACCUACACAGAUCUGGAGUCCCUGCGGAACCGCAAGAUGGGGGGCCGCCCGGGCCCCUUGGCCUCGAGAUCCGCCCAGCUCAACUCCAAGCGCUAUUUGAUCCUCAUCUACUCUGUGGAGUUUGACAGGAUUCACUACCCGCUGCCCCUCCCGUACCAGGGCAAGCCGGACCCUGUGGUUCUGCAGGGAAUCAUCCGCUCACUGAAGGAGGAGCUGGGCCGCCUUCGAGGGCUGGAUGGCCAGGAUGCUCGGGACUCACGGGAGACUGAGAUCUGGCACCUGAGGGAGCAGGUUUCACGCCUGGCAUCUGAGAAGCGAGAGCUGGAGGCCCAGCUGGGCCGAUCUCGAGAGGAGGCUCUGGCCGGGAGGGCGGCGCGCCAGGAGGCUGAGGCGCUGCGUGGGCUCGUCCGCGGCCUGGAGCUGGAGCUUCGGCAAGAGCGGGGCCUCGGACACCGCGGGGUCGGCCGUCGCAGCCAGGACUGCCGGCGCCUGGCCAAGGAGCUGGAGGAGGUGAAGGCGUCGGAGCGGAGCCUGCGCGCCCGGCUUAGAACCGUGAACAGCGAGCUGGCGGUGUACAAGCGGGGGAGACGGACUCCGCCGGUGGUGCCGCCCCGGGUGCGGGAGGAUCGGGCUUCGUCGUCGCGGGAGCGCUCCACAUCGCGUGGUCGCGGUGCCGCCCGCUCUUCUUCCCGGGAGAGCGGCCGCGGGGGCCAGGGUCGAGGCCGCCCCGCCCGCCCCUCGCCCUCACCUACAGGUGGUCGCGUGUCCCGUUUUGACCCCACAGCCUUUGUGAAAGCCAAGGAGAAGAAGCAGAGAGAGAUCAAGAUGAAGCAGCAGCAGCAGCGGAACCGACUGGGCAGCGGAGGAAGCGGCGACGGGCUGUCCGUCUCCUGGUCUCGCCAGACUCGGCCGCCCGCCGCCGUGACCGGCCGAGGGGACGCGGCUAACCGCUCCCGAAACCGCAGCUCCUCGGUGGACAGUUUCCGCAGCCGCUGCUCGUCCGCCAGCUCCUGCAGCGAGUUUGAGGAUUUCUCUGAAUCCUUCCCGAGAGGCCUUUGCCGCGGGAAGCCUCCCAACCCCACAACCUGGAGCGGGUCCCAUACACAGAAAAAGUCCACCCCUCUGGAGCGUGGCCGCCAUCAGAGACGCCUGGCCAAUUCGGGGGGCUGGGUCCCUAUCAAAGAGUACAGCUCCGACUACCAGGGAGCGGACAUGGCAGAAAUAGACGCCCGCCUGAAGGCCUUGCAGGAAUACAUGAACCGUCUGGACACAAGGUCGUGACCUUGGACGGGGAGUACCGCCCCUCCAUCCCCCACCCACUGCUGGAUUCGGUGUGGAGGGGCGGGGCUGACGUGUCCUUCCAGCGUGUCUCAGGCUCCUCCCCUGUGGGUGCUCCUGGGGGCUCUCCUGUGUGAAGCCCUCACCCCUCCCUCUCCCCCAUGCAUUGCAUGCUGGAAGGGAGGGUAUGUGCAUUUUGUAAAUAAACAUAUUUGCCCUUGGGA